UCGGUAUUUAGGAUUUUUAGGAUUCGAAUUUGUUACAUAUUUUUUCUGCAAUAUUCGAUUAUUUUUAGGGUUUGUUUGCUGAAAUCUUUGAUUGUUUUUAUGGUUCUUUUUGCACGAAAUCCGAUUAUUUUAAGGAUAUGUUUUGCUGCAAAUUUGUUUGAUUUAGUUUAGGUUAAUAAGUCCAAUUAUUUCUAGGGUUUUGAUUAUUUGAUAUAGUUUAAUUUUGAGGUGAGAUUUUAGUGAAAUUCGAUCAGUGUUUUAGGGAGAUCAGUUGUGUACUGGAGUUUUAGAGGUUUUUAUGACAUUGUAUAAGCUCUAAUUGAUCAGUUUUUGUGUUUUUGAUGUGUAAGUUUCUGACCUGCAGACUUAUUUUCGUGUUCUGUUUUUAUGUUUAUUUUCGUUGUCUGAUUUGUCUCUUCAUUUUGAUGAUCUUUUGAUAUUGUUGUCAAAUUGUGUUACUGUUGUUUUCAUUUAUUAGCUGACAUUUUUAACCAUUAUGAGUGUUGUUGUUGGGCUACUUUCCUACUUUGGUUUAUGACUACGAUUGGUGCUGGUUUGAUAUGGUAUCUGAAAUUGUUGUGCUAGUUUUUUUUUUGGAUUGUAUUCGUUUAUAAGUUUAGAUUUUCAUUUUUAUGUAAUAUUGUUUGUCUUCAUGUUAACUUUUCUUUCUGGUUUGUCUUAAGUUAGGAAACUAUAAUGGAGUCAAACGAUGUUCAAAAGUCUCAGAUAAUCCGUAAAGGCAUGAUCGUAGGUGUUGUUGCUGCCAUUAUUGCAUCUGUCCUUGCUUUUUUGAAAGUAAAUAAAUCUAGGACUAGAAGACCUAAAAUAAUUAGGCAACCUUAUGUUAAUAGGGAUAGCUUGAGGGAGGCUAAUAUCGAUAGUGUUUUAUAUUGUGGUGAUAGUCAUUGUCUUGGGCAGAUUCGUAUGAGACCUAGUGCUUUUUAUAGCUUAUGUAAUAUUUUAGUUGAAAAGGGCUUUUGUCGGAAAGCAAGCAAAUGAGCGUCAAGGAACAAGUAUUACUUUUUCUAUAUGUGUUGGGUCAUAAUGUGAGAUUUCGGGAUGUUGGGGGAAGAUUUUUUCGAUCUACAUGGACUAUACAUUGCUACUUCCAUAUUGUGCUCCAAGCAAUCCUUCGAUUGUACCCAUAUGUCGUGAAACCACCAGCAACUGACUUGCAACCAGAAAUUCAGAACAAUUCUAGAUUUUUUCCUUGGUUUGAAGACUUCAUAGGAGCUAUAGAUGGGACCCAUGUACGUGCAUCUGUUCCUCUUGAUAUGCAAGAGAGAUUUCGGGGAAGAAAGGAUAAGACAACACAAAAUGUUCUAGCAGCUGUUGAUUUUGAUCUAAAGUUCACAUAUGUCCUUGCUGGUUGGGAGGGUUCCGCUCACGAUUCAAGGGUUUUGGGUGAUGCACUUAAAAAGGGGUUUAACGUUCCCGAAGGGAAAUACUAUCUUGCCGACGCUGGGUAUGGGGAUCGUAAAGGUUUUAUGCCUCCAUUUAGACGUGUUCGUUACCACUUGAAAGAAUAUGCCAACAACCCUCCUGAGAAUGAACGAGAAUUAUUCAAUCUGCGCCAUUCUUCACUCAGAAUGUGUAUAGAGAGGGCGUUUGGAGUUUUGAAAAAGAGAUUUCGUGUCUUGGAUGCAGAGCCAUUUUGGUCAUUUGAAACCCAAGUGGAUGUGGUUCUGGCUUGUUGUGUAAUACAUAACUACCUUAGGGGGGUUGAUCCAAAUGAUGAAAUUACAAGAGAGGCGGAUUUAGAGAUUGCAUCACAAGAUACAAGAACAUCACUUUCUAGGAAGGAAGUGCGUGAAGAAACCAAAGAGUGUGUGAAAAAGCGUGAUGCCAUAGCAUUGGCUAUGUGGAAUUCAUACAAAAAGCGUCGAACUAAUUAAAAUUGUAAUUUUUUUAUUUCUUAAUUUAGUGAAGUUGUAUUAGUACUGAUUUUGCUCGUUCUUAUUAUUACAAAAGGCAACAUGAGUAUUGCUUAAUUUGGUGAA